ACUGUUUUAUUCCAUUUAUUAUUAUUUUUAAAUUGUAAAUUACUCCAAUAAUUUAUUUUCCAUUAGAGCUCUAAUCUCUGUUAAAUCGGUAUUUCAUGUGUUGCAUUUAUUGUUGUGUUGUUCCUGCUUCUGAUCGAUGCUUUAAUGGGUUAUAUGUCAUCGGUUUUGGAUUCAGUAUGUCUGCACUGAGUGGAGUCUGGAAUUUUGGUUAGGAGAGAAGACUGGUGCGGAUAUUUGUGCGGAACUAGGGUUUUUUGUGGUGUGACUCGGCCGGGGUUUUACUGAAUUGGGUUUGUCGCGAGGGAGAAGAGUUGAGCAGAGAUUUCGUGGGAAAUUGGGGUUUGUGGGUUUCACUGAAUUGGUUUUGGGGAGAAGAAUGAUUCGGGAAUUGGGGUUUAAUUAGGGGUUUUUUUACUGUGUUUUCACUUCUUGUGAUAAUGGGGAGUACACAGGAGCGAGUUGUGGCGGUUAUUUUGGUUGGAGGGCCUACAAAAGGCACUCGUUUUCGACCCCUAUCUUUGAACAUACCAAAGCCACUCUUUCCCUUGGCUGGGCAGCCAAUGGUACACCACCCUAUUUCAGCCUGCAAAAGGAUACCACAUUUGGUGCAAAUUUAUCUUAUUGGUUUCUAUGAGGAGCGUGAAUUUCUUCUCUAUGUUUCAUCAAUUUCAAAUGAACUUAAAGUUCCAGUCAGAUAUUUAAGAGAAGACAAACCACAUGGGUCCGCUGGUGGCCUGUACAACUUUAGAGAUUUCAUCAUGGAAGACAAUCCGUCAAAUAUCGUUAUGCUGAAUUGUGAUGUUUGUUGCAGUUUUCCUCUUCCAGACUUGCUUGAGGCCCAUAAAAGAUAUGGUGGGAUGGGAACAAUUUUAGUUAGCAAGGUGUCUGCUGAAUCAGCAAACCAGUUUGGUGAGUUAGUGGCAGAUCCAGUCACCAAUGAGUUGUUGCAUUAUGCUGAGAAACCAGAAACUUUUGUCAGUGAUCGAAUAAACUGUGGGGUAUACAUAUUCACUCCUGAUAUUUUUUCUGCCAUUCAGGGUGUUUCCAAUGAACGGAAAGAUAGAGCUACAAUGCGACGUGUAUCCAGUUUUGAGGCUCUCCAAUCUGCAACGAAGACCUUGCCCACAGAUUUUGUUAGACUGGAUCAGGAUAUUCUGUCUCCUCUUGCUGGAAAGAAGCAGUUAUAUACAUACGAGACCCUAGACUUUUGGGAGCAGAUCAAGACUCCAGGAAUGUCCCUGCGAUGCUCUGCUCUGUAUCUCUCCCAAUUCCGUUACACUUAUCCACACCUUCUUGCAAGUGGGGAUGGCACUAAGAGUGCCACAAUUAUUGGUGAUGUUUAUAUUCAUCCCUCAGCAAAAGUGCAUCCACUGGCCAAGAUUGGUCCCAAUGUCUCAAUUUCGGCGAAUGCCCGAAUUGGUGCAGGGGUGAGGCUCAUUUCUUGCAUCAUUCUAGAUGAUGUUGAGGUCAAGGAACAUGCACUCGUCAUACAUUCUAUUGUGGGGUGGAAGUCAUCCAUUGGCCGAUGGUCCCGUGUUGAGGGUGGUGGAGACUACACAGCCAAACUUGGGAUCACAAUUCUUGGGGAGGCUGUUACUGUUGAAGAUGAAGUGGUGGUCAAAAACUGUAUUGUGCUCCCCAAUAAGACCCUCAAUGUGCGUGUACAGGAGGAGAUCAUUCUAUAGCGAUGGUACCACUGGCUAUUCUUUCUUCUUUUCCUGUUAAUUAUGGAAAAUUGUAUUUUGGUUAUCUUUUCUCCCCCCCCU